CCUUACGUCACUGAGGUGCGACUGGUUUGCUGGCCGCGGCGCUGCCGCCUAGCGGGUUUAGCUAAGCAGCGGCCAAGGCGGCGUCGCUGGCGCGGGGAGAGCGAUGCCUUGAACAGGAAACUAUGUGAAACAAAACUUUCUGAAUUCUGAAAGACAUCAUUUCACCAUGGGACAGCAAAUUUCCGAUCAGACGCAGUUGGUUAUUAACAAGUUACCAGAAAAAGUAGCAAAACAUGUCACCUUGGUUCGAGAAAGUGGCUCCUUAACUUAUGAAGAAUUUCUUGGGAGAGUUGCUGAACUCAAUGAUGUAACUGCUAAGAUAGCUGCUGGUCAGGAAAAGCAUCUUCUCUUUGAGGUACAACCUGGGUCUGAUUCUUCUGCCUUUUGGAAAGUGGUCGUACGGGUGGUCUGUACCAAGAUUAACAAAAGCAGCGGCAUUGUGGAAGCUUCGCGGAUCAUGAAUUUAUACCAGUUUAUCCAGCUCUAUAAAGACAUCACAAGUCAAGCUGCUGGAGUCUUGGCUCAGAGCUCCACCCCUGAAGAGCCCGAUGGGAACCCAUCCUCUGUAACAUCUUGUCAGGCCAGUCUGUGGAUGGGCAGGGUGAAGCAGCUGACCGAUGAGGAGGAGUGUUGUAUCUGCAUGGACGGCCGAGCUGACCUCAUCCUGCCCUGUGCUCACAGCUUCUGUCAGAAGUGUAUUGAUAAAUGGAGUGAUCGACACAGGAACUGCCCCAUUUGUCGCCUACAGAUGACUGGAGCGAAUGAAUCGUGGGUGGUGUCAGACGCGCCCACUGAAGAUGACAUGGCUAACUAUAUUCUUAACAUGGCUGAUGAGGCAGGCCAGCCCCACAGGCCGUGACUUGGGGGAAGACUUUCUGUUGUUAUUCCGAACUAUAAAUACACUGUUGUCAUAGAGGAGGAGGGUAGGGACAGUGUGGCACACACAGAAAUAUCAGUUUCCCCACCCUCUUUAUUUUUGCUAUUCUGAUAAUAUGUCCCAUUCUUAAAUAAACUCCCAUGUCUUCCAUGAACGGUGGGCUACAGUUUGCUACUGUUUAGCCGUACUUCCAGCCCACCUGGUCUGUUGCUCUUGAGCCUUUGCUACCGAUGCAGCCAUACUUGACACCCCUGCUUCCCGGGGAGGGAACUGCUCUGGCAUCUUUUCAGUGGGUUUCAAUUUUAGAGCCUUGAAAGUUGGGGCCAUCUGAGAUAAAUGACUGAAACGAAUGUCUCAGCUGGGACCUGAGGUGCGUGUGCUCUGCCCCCUUGUGGUUCAUUCUGGAUCCUUCAGUGCUGUGGCCCAGUUGCUUCCAGAUUUUCUGUCACUUUCGGCCUUGGGUUCUGGAACUACUCUUUAUGUUGACAUGCUGCAGCACACGGAUUAGUACUGUCUGGGUCAGACUUUGUCUUCAAAAUGGACUGUAUUGGAGGGACAGUCAUGGCUGUUGGAGAAAUGCAUCUCCAGACUUGAAUGAGUGUCCAUUGGGUUUUUCAUGAUGCCCUUGUAGCUUAAGUUUGCAGGAAUUUUUUUCUUUAUAGAAACAACAUUUCAUAUUUCUAGGUUACAUUGACUCAUCCAGUCCUAAGCUACAGUGCAUUUAUUUUAGGUAAAGACGCCUUUCUGAGGCUAUAGUCUCAAAUCUCUCAGAUUAAAAGAGGAAGAUCAGGUAAACAUUUACCAUGUAGUUGUAAAACCCAAAAUCCACACCUCCAUUGGCUUUCUUCCCACUUCUCUGCACUAUUCAAGUGUCUGGAGAGAGAACAGUAACAGGAGUGCAGCCUUAGUGACCCCGGCAGUGGCUUACAGAGGAAAAUUGUUAACAGUUCGGCCUAUAAAAAAGCUAGUGCAUGAAAUAAGUCCCCUUUAAGAAAUUUUACCAUUCCAUAGAAAUCUCACUGAUUUUUGGCAAGCCACAACUGUUCCUGUUUUCCUAAGUACAGAUGUACACAAUUGAAGUUAACUGCUUAUUAAUUUUUGAUUCAGAUUUUAAUGAAUAUUCAAAUAAAAUCCCUUUCAAAGAAAAAGAUCUGACUUGAUUCUGUCCCCCAAAUACUGAAGACGUCAAUAGUCUACUCACUGUAAUGACAGGAUGGUGACAGGAUACCACAUGGCUAUGUAGUCCUCUGAGCAUGUGGGCAGCACAGUGCUGUUGUCUGUCACACCUUAGCUGUGAUGGCCCCCACGCCCUUGAGAAAGUCUUACACUGUUGUAGGUUCCUGUUGAGAAACUGAGAUUGUGUUUGUGGUUUUCAAACAUUACAGUGGAACUUCCAAGUGAAUUUUGAGAGUCUGUUCACACUGAGUACAUACACACAUGCUACCCCAUUAUAGAGAAGCUAUGUUUUACUGAUACAGGUUUUCUUAUAUAAACUUUAUACAGUGUGAUCGCUUUUAAGUCAGUAUAUGAAAAUGUGAAAAUGCAUUGGUGAUACUGUUUCAUUAGAAUUUGUGAGUGAAAAAUGUGUUUUGUAAAAAUAUAAUUCAGGGCUGGAGGUGUAGCUCAGCUGGUAGAGUUGUUUGCCUAGUGUAUACAAGCCCUGGGUUCCAUCCCAGCACUGCAUAAAACAAUGCUGGUGGUGCACCCCUACUAUCCCAACACUUGAGAGGACGACACAGGGAGACCAGAAGUUCCAGGUGAUCCCUCGCCACAUAGUGAGUUCAAGGAUAGCCUGGGCUACAUUGAAACACUGUUUCAAAAAAAAACUUGGGUGGUCAGGCUAGAGAGGUAACUCGGAGGUUAAGAGCACUUGCUGGUCUUGCAGAAGACCAGAGUUUAAUCCCCAGCACCCACAAUAGUGGUUCACAACACCUGUGUCCCCAGCUCCAGGGGGUCCAGCACCCUCUUCUGACUGUCAAGGGCACCCUCGUGCAUGUUACACAGGGACACACACGAACAAAGACAACUUCAAAACACUGUAAAGUUCACAUUUGCAGAUGAUUCAAGCUCCUCUGUUGAUUCUCAAGUGCUUCGUGGAACAUUCCUUAUGCCUUGGGAUCAGUGAUCAUCUGAGGUGUUUUCUAGCCUUAAAAUUGUCCUUUUGGAUUUAGACUUGCUGGGUUUAAUUCAAAUUGUCCAAUUUUGAAGUGUGUCUGAAAUGAAUAGCAUAGCUUUAGGGGUUGGGGGAUACUUCCCACAAUAGCCAAUACUUCUAUUCCCCAGAAUCCUUCGCUUUUGAAAGAACGGAAAGAGAGUGAGUGCAGUGACUUGAUAUUGCCCACUGCCCUUUACUUAUGUGAGCUCCAAGAUGCUAACUGGUCCUCUGUGAAGUAUCAGUGUCUCCAACUGCCUUAUCAAGUGGCGAGCAGAGUUCUCUAUGCAUUCCAGGAACUGGGUGGUGACUCUUCAGAUGUCAGUAGCAGGUAGGGCUCGCCGUGGUAUCUAAUCAUGAAAGUUGUAAAUCUGUCUCAUACUUUUUCUAUGCUGUACAUCUUUGUCUUUUUAAAAUAAGAACUACAUAAAUACAUUUACCAUGGUAGGAAACUGUGCCUUCAGAGGAGUGUGAACGGCCUCCUGCUUUGGGGAACUGUUGUAAAUUGUAUGUUAGUGCUGUGCGUACUCAGUAACAGCAGGUUAACUCAAAUGCUGCACACACUGGGUUUCAGAAAGAGUUUGACUUUACUGUUGUAAAGACUGAGAACAGCAAAGCCUGUUUUAUUGGGGAAACUGGUGCAGUGUGCAAUAAGUAAACUUUGCAGCUGAACAUUAGCUAACUAAAAAGACCUGCUUAUGCGACUUCACAUUCUUAUGUACUAAAUAUUUAUAUUUAUUAGAGGACUGUUUUAUAUUGUGCUCUGGGGGUCGUGGUGUUUGUGUGCUGUUUUGAGGUGAUUUUCUUGUAUUAAUAUACAACUGGUUAAUAAGGCUGCUUGGAAACCUUUUGGUGCCCUGAUUUUUUAACACUGGGAAGUUGGAUUCAUUAAAAGAUAGUCUGAAUAACUCGCA